UAUAGAGAUAGCUUUACACUAGUUUAAGUGCAUAUUUUAUCAACAAAACAACCCUCAACUCAAACAAUCAUUCAAAAUGUAUCAUCUUAAAACCCUUGUAUUCAUCUUUCUCAUGCUCAACCUGCUACUUACCCCAUCUCUAGCUCGCCAUAAUGCCGCCUUCGGCGAAAGCAAAGGACAGAAAAUGGAGAAAAUAGCGAUAAUAAUAUCAUUACCACCCUCCUCACCCUCACCUUCAGCAGAAGCAGCUGACACUCAACUCAAUGAGGAGACAACAACUGGCGCCACGGGCUCGGGUCAUGGCCAGAACUGGUCUUACGGGUGGGGCUGGACAUCCGGGCCUACCAGUGGUUUCGGAUACGGUUAUGGUUCAGCCCAAUCCCCUAGUGAAUCCAAAUAUUCACCUGGUGCUGGGUCAGGGUCCGGGUCUGGAUCAGGGUCCGGGUCUGGAUCAGGGUCCGGGUCUGGAUCAGGGUCUAGGCCUGGUCCAGUCCCUAGUUCUAGAAACUAAUAUGGGAUCCGGUCACGACUAAUGAGGCGGUGGUGCGGGUGGUAUGAAAUGGAUACCUUUCAAAGUUAAAAUCUUGGCUAUAUGGAUAAUAUUGUAUGCAUGCACUCAAUUUAAAUACGAAGUACUGUAUGUAUUAUGCAUGUCACUUGAGUGCUUUCGUGCAUCAUCAAUAAAUCAUGAUAUUGUAUUAAAUUUUUACAUGUACUCUUUUCUGUAAAUUCAAGUUGAAUUUGAACGUAUGUAUUUCCUAUUACAUUGUUUAAUGGUAAGUCUUGCAACACUUUCUAUUUUUAUGUUUACCAACAAAUAAUUUAACAAUAAUUAGUUUGUAUCCUUGCUAAUGCACUUUAGCUCGGAGAUUAUAAAAGUAUAUAACU